AUGAGUAAAGGAGAAAAAGGGUUUGAGCGCACUGAUAAGUUGAAUGAACGAGGAGAUCAGCAUAAAAUUGGUUUGUUGGAGGAGCUAGACGAUCAUGGCGAAGAGUUCUGGAUUAAGGUUCAUCAAAAACAGAAAAGUGGGUUAUCAUGGAACAGAGCUAUGGAUGAAGUCCAGGUUGAAAGACUGAUCCAGAAAUACAAGGAUAAUGGGGAAGUUGAUAGUGAGGAUCCAGCACUUGUGAUGUUAAAACAGUGGCCUGCAUCUAAACAGUUUAAAGAUAAUCCUGAAAAACUUCCUGGACUUGAGCAGAGGAUAAAUCGUUUUUUGGAGAUUCUGUUAGAAAGUGAAAUAAACUUAUGCAACAGAUACAAUGCUUUCCGAGAUCAAGAUGACAAAAUUAGGAAGACACUAAUGCACUAUGUGGCAGAGCUUGGCUUUUUACAUGUCAUGAAAACACUCUUGAGGAAGUGCCCUCUGCUGCUUGCUGUUAAGACUAAAGAUCAACGAAAACCUGUGCAUAAAAGAGCAAUGCUACCUGUGGAAUUUGCUAUUGAGGCAGAGAAAGAUGAUGUGGCAGCAUUUUUGAUAAGAGCCAUGAGGCAUGAAAGAGUUCAAAAGCUAUUUUUCUGGACGCCUGGCAAUAAUAUGGCAAAUCCUGAACCUUCCUUCUUCAGUUUCAAGGCAAUUAUUGAGAAUCCAAAAUUAAAGCAAACAGUGGUGGCUGUGUUAGACCAGAUGAUGAGCCCUCACUGGCCAUAUCUUCCAAAACGCCAAGAAAACUAUGAAACUGAAGAAGAGAGAGAGGCAAUUGAGGGAGUCUGGAAUACAAUCUCGGAUGAUCCACUAAAUUAUCACUUUUAUUAUCAUAUUUUGGAUGGUGAUGAGGGAGGACGGCCCCCAAAGAUUUUGGCUUCAGAUGAACACCAGCAGACAGAAAACAAGUAUUUCAACUGGAGAUACAAGUCUUGUUUACAUGCAAUUGCCAUGAGCAACAAUAAAGAAGCCUUGCAACAUCCUGUGGUCAGGAUGCUGAUUAAAUCGAAAUGGAAAAGUUAUGGGCAUUUAUUUCUCAGACUUCAAGCAGCAUUGUAUUGCGUCUUUUUGCUGUUCUUGUCAUAUUCUUUGCUGCAUGCAUCAACCAAACUGGACCCCACCCAUUACAGCGGUGCGCUGGACUUACUGCGUGGAUUUUGUGAGGUUGUCACUCUUCUUAUAGUUGUGUUUUACAUCUGUGAAGAAAUCAAUCAAAUAAGAAUAGAGGGACAUUCUUAUUUCACAGAAUGGAUGACCUUGUUUGACUGGUUAGGCCUGCUUUUGAUCCUGUGUAUAAUACUUCUCCGGUACAUGGAUCAUAAAGCACAGUGGAUGGUGUCAUCUUUGGCCUUCUUGUUCAACUUCCUGAGGAUAUUUAAGUUUUCAUGUGUGUCAAGGACAACGGGAUUAUACACCCAAACCUUGGCCAAGAUCAUUUUACAUGACGUUACAAGAUCCAUGGCAGUUUUUAUUGUGACCUUUUUCUCCUUCUGUGGUGCUCUGUCUUUAUCACUCUGUUACUCCGGAUCAAGUGAAAACCAAGAACCUCGUGGUUUUGGAGACGUCUUGUUGAGCGCGUUUCGUGCACUGUCCGAGCAGUAUCCAAUGGCAAAAGAUUACUCAACUUUCAACUGGCUGUCAAUUGUUUUGAUGAUGGCCUACAUGGGGACAGUGACUGUAAUUCUUCUCAACAUUCUCAUUGCACAAAUGAGUACGACCUACAUACAGGCCAAGAAAGUCGCUCGCCUGGAGUAUGAUGUGGAUCGUAUUCUACAGCUCACGCGCAUGGAGAGAUUUCCUUUUCUGAAUUUACGCGUGAGGUAUUACAAAGAGGGAGACUGGAUCAGUGAAAUAAAACUCGCAAAAGAACUGCUUGAAUUCAGUGAAGAUCGCAAUCCAUGGGAGUCAGUAGAAGAGAAACUUAAUGAGAUAAGGGAUCUGAUGAGAAAGAUGGUCAAACAGAUUAGGCCUGGACAAGAAUAAACAAGUG